GCGGCAGGGAUGCCAUCCCAUCUUCCACUUGCUCAAAGAGGCAAUGUUCGAGCGGAAGCCCCACCGUUUUCGCCCGCUUGGCGCGCCUAGCUCGCGUCGGCCUGCUUGCGCUCUCCACAAGCUGCUCUCGAUGAGCGCUUCAAUGCAUGGCGAUGUGUCACGUUUGACUAAGAAGCCAACAGCCACGAGACAGUCUGCAUCACCGCAAAAGCGGCACCGUGUCGUGGAAGAUCAUGCACUUGCUCCUCCCCUUCAACCGGUGAUGUUCCCGUGCGGCCGCCAGCCAUGCCGACGUAGCAUCCCCUCCGCCAGCUCUGCAGCCCUAAUUCUCACUCGGCCAUCACGCAAUGCAGCUGCCGCAACCCUCUCCUCCUCGCCCGCCCGCCGCGCCCUCUCACAACGCCCUCGGUGCGAAUCCGAUGGCCAUGAAGGUCGAGCCCGGCGCGCUGCAAUCCGCCCGAUCACGCUAUUCGCCCUCUGCAUUCCCCUCGGCUACGUGCUGAGCUACGCAAUCAAUACCCGUCAAGAUGCCGGGCAGACAGAUGGCUUUGUGAAAUACGUGUUGGUCAGAAAAGAGGAGGUGUCGAGCACGUGUUCCAUCUUCACCGUGCGCCCCUCUACGGCCUCGAUAUUGCGUAGUGCCGAUGCCCUCUCCUCCAGGCAAAGCAUCACAAGCGUGCAGUUCAAGCAACCGCAGUUGCAGAUCGCGCGAUCUUACACCAUCCUACCGCCGCUGCAGGAUCAAGAUGCCGGCGAACUGCGCUUUUUAAUACGGCAGGAGCGGAAUGGCGAAGUCUCGGGUUACCUCCACCGCUUGACCGUCGGAGCGGAGGUGCAGCUUCGAGGGCUCUCUGCGGAAUAUGUGCUGCCGGAGAAAGUGAGUAGGGUGGUGUUCUUGGCAGGCGGGACGGGUAUUGCGCCUGCAAUGCAGGUCGCAGAUGCGCUGGCUGGGCAGGCGGAUGUACAUAUAUUGUGGGCAAGCAGGAGAAGAGAGGAUUGUGUUGGGGGUAGAAGCGACGGGAACCCCGCAGGUGUUCAGGACAGCCUCUUCACGAAAGUGAAAGGGCUCUUCGGGGUGUCACAGUUGAGCGUACAGCCACACGACUCUACACGAGGGCCGAGUCUUAUCGUUGCUCAGGUGGAAGCCUUGAAACAAAGGGCGAACACGAGGAGACCUGGCAGCCUGCAGGUGGACUACUACGUCGACGAAGAAGCGACCUUGAUUGAGUUCAAAGACGUCGCACCCCUCCUUCGCAAAGGCAGCCAACCCAGCAGCGAUUCCGAAGGCAAGGACCUACUUUUCGUCGCUGGUCCGGAAGGCUUCGUCAAUCACUGGGCAUUCAGGAAGAUAUGGGUCAACGGUCAGGAAGUCCAAGGCCCAGUCGGGGGAGCAUUGGCGAAGAUGGAUCUGACUGGGUGGGAGGUUGUUAAGCUAUGAGGUCGAAUGGUUGGCAUAGUCGAAUGCAUUGCUGAUCCGACUGGAGAAAGAAUUCCGCGGCGCUUACAAUUAGAGCAGUUGUCUUGAAGGAAUACGGUGCAUGGCAGCUUACGUUAAUGCCUAAGGCCGAGCCUUCUGGACGGCGAAGUGCCGACAUCGUUUCCGCGCCGCUUACUUAACCCGCGACGGAAUUAUUGCCGGGGCUUCGAAAUCAACCUGCAGUCUUCCGCCCUAGUAUUUACAUGCUCGCAA